GUUUUCUUCACCUCAAAUAUUUAACAAUGUAUCUCCCUUCGAUUGAUCAUUCGUCGGGGGAACUGUUAAAAUAAUUGUGGACAUGGCAUAAAACAUCCGUUGCAUAUAAUUCCACAUACAUCAACCUGUUUAGGAAUUUUCCAAUGCUCACCAAUCAGAAGAUUUUAUAAUUGGUCAAUCAGCGUUGUGUGCUAUCGGUCCCUCUCCUUUUCCCUUACGUCAGCCAAGAACACCGCGUUCCGAUAUUCACUACCAGAAAAUAUACUAUACUGAAAAUAUACAUAUAGUUUAGGUCACGUAUAUUAUAGAUUUUUAAUACUCGCAGUGAAUAUCGAAAUGCAGUCAGAGAGAUAUCCUUUCUCCUAUUAUUUCUUAUCUCCAUGAUCGUUUUAUCUUUGAUUUGUAUAAUAUUGACGAAUAUAGACGAAUAACGAGGAUAAAGUAAUAUAGCCAAUUAAUAAGGAUAAAAUGAUUUUGAAAAUGCAAGCAUUGAGUACUAUAUCAGUGUCUGGCUAUAUUAAAAGUAAAUGUUAAUAAAAGGAAGAAGAACAAAGAGUGAUAUGUCGACCAUCAUAUUUUUCUGUCGGAUUCUUUCGUUUUGAGUGAAAACGCGUCGAAUGGGUAGAUUUUUAUUAAAAUUUGAGCAUAAGAACGAGUAUCGUAAAUCCAUUGAUGAUUAUCAAUCUGUGGCACCUGUGCGACGUAGAAUCGGCCUUUAUUGGAUUCUGGCCGGAUUAAGAAUAACUCUUACUUUUGUUUUACAAACUGGCUAUAUUCAUCCUGAUGAAUUCUUUCAAUCCAUUGAAGUUAUCUCUGGAGACCAUUUUGAUAUUGACGUCUAUAAGUCAUGGGAAUUUAAUGCUACUUUCCCUAUACGUUCUAUAUUCAUUCCUCAACUUGUUGUUGGUUUGCCUUAUGCAAUUCUCAAAAGACUGUCUCCAUAUACGUUUCACUUUCUUGGAUUGUCAUUAAAGAGACCAUAUUUCUUUGUACUCUUCCCAAGGCUUUUCAUGUGUGCAUUUUCCUUUUUGUCUGAUUAUUUUUUAUACAAGAUCUGUUAUAUGUAUGGACAGAACUACAGAGUCAGACUUGUCACAUAUGCUAGUUCAUAUGUUAUGCUCACCUAUGCCACUCGUACGCUAUCCAACUCUAUUGAAUUGGUAUUGACCGCUGCACUGUUAUAUUUUGUUUCCCGGUGCAUGGUAUAUUCAGAAAAAGUAGUGUUGCAGAAUGAUUACCUUUCCAAGAAGUACAAUGAAGCAACAACUGCUGUAGAGCGAGUCAAAUAUUAUAAGCUCAGAGCAUUACUACCUUCGCAUUCUCUGAAUGAUUGCUUUGUGCUAGCUACGAUAACAGUAAUAGGAAUAUUUAAUAGACCAACUUUCAUCGCGUUUGCCUUUGUUCCCAUCUUUUUCUGGCUGCAAAGAGGAUUGAAUUCGAAAAGCGUUGACUUUAAAGACUUUCACAUCAGAAUAAUCGUCUUUAUUCUCUGUGGAUUACCAACUAUACUAUUUUUUAUUCUAAUCGAUAGUUUCUAUUUCGGUUAUUUAACAAUAGGGGAAAUAGGUCAACUUGAGAUCGGAAUUGACAAUUUUGUAGUAACGCCAGUUAAUUUCCUUAAGUAUAAUGUAAAAGAGGAAAAUUUGAAAUCACAUGGACUGCAUCCACGUUUCCUACAUUUUCUAGUAAAUAUACCGCUACUGUUUAACGUUCUGGGAAUUAUUGGAUUGCUGACAUUCAUGAAAAUGAUAUAUAGUGGAUUGAAAGCGCAAUGGCUGCAUUUACCACGUCUACAGAGCAUCGUAGGCUUGAUGACAUUUACAUUCAUCGUUCCAGUCGCGUUAUUAUCUCUUUUUCCUCAUCAAGAACCUCGUUUUAUAAUUCCAGUACUCUUACCAUUGGUAUUUCUUCACGCACCCGAGUUGAGUCAAGUCCCUUGUCUGGAUGUUGUCCGAAGAUAUAAUGAUGAAAAUAAUGAAUCCCAUAGUUCUGUUGAGCUGAAGAGGUUUAAGUCUAAAAAAUUAGUAGUCUGGUACAUCAUUAAUUUGCUAUUGACUUUUUUCUAUGCUUUUAUGCAUCAAGGUGGAGUUUUACAACUCGCAUCUCAUCUCACAACAGAACUGAAAGCCAAACCACAUCUUACUCACGUGCAUUUAUAUACUUCGUAUAGUUACUCAUUGCCUACUGCGUUGUUACAGCUGCGAAAUACCCGCAGAAUUUACCGCAGUAGCAGUAAUCAUAAAUAUAAAUUGAAACAGGAUUUUCAUUUAUAUGAGCAAGGUUCUAAAUCUCUGCCACAGGUGUUUGAUACCAUCGCCAGGAAGAUUAAAGAUUGUGAAGAGAAGUUUGCUGUCAAAAGGAUUCCUUACAGAUUGUAUUAUGCACUACCGGCUUCUGCGAUAAGCGAGUUUGCAGAGUUAUCAAACAAUAAGUCACAUUCAUUCAGGUUUCAUGUAGUCAAGUCUUUUUAUCCUCAUAUUUCUGUAGAGAAAUUGCCAUUGUUGCUGUCACUAGAUGGGCUGGAACAUUUAAAUUUAAAUGUCAAUGAUGGCAUUUUUAGUAAUAUCAACAAAGCUGCACAAAAUAUUUAUGAAUACGUCGAACAAUUUAAAUUAUUGUUAUUAAAGAUUGACUAUUAUAUGCAUGAAUCGAAACAAAGACGCAAUGGAUUAAAUUAAAAAAAUAAUUAACUCGAUAAAUUUAAAAA